CAGAGUUUCAGUAAGUGACUGUCACACGGUCACACAGGAGUAGUAUUUUUUUCUCCAAGACAGCGGCGAACCGGGUCAAAUGGCGAAAGCAUAUGAGUUUAACUGGAAGAGACCAGUGCCUCCAUGCAUGCAAGAAGGGGAAUAUUUUGAUAGAUUUGAUGAGGAUCCAUUUAUCUUUGAGCCAAACUGCUUUUUGAGAGUGGAUGCCUUUGGAUUCUUCAUCACAUGGAAAAGUGAAGGAAAGGAGGGUCAGGUUCUGGAGUGUUCCUUGAUCAACAGUAUACGGUACUCAAAUGUGCUCAAGGACCCAAAGGUUCUUUCAGCGCUCGAGGCUACAGGGAAUCGGGAGAGUGACCUGGAAGACAGGCUCAUCUGCAUAUGCAGUGGCACAGACCUGGUCAACCUCAGCUUCAUGUACAUAGUGGCACAAAGUGCUGACAUUGCAAAGCAAUGGGCUGGCAGCUUACGGUCGUUGAUUCACAAUGCCCGGGCAAACAAUGUAUGCCCAAAGACCUGUCUAAGCAAGCAUUGGAUGAGGCUGUCAUUUCUGACCAACGUAAAUGGAAAAAUCCCAGUGAGAAGCAUUACAAGAACCUUUGCUUCGGGAAAAACUGAGAGGGUUAUAUUCCAAGUACUAAAAGACCUCGGUCUACCUAGUGGAAAGAAUGAUGAAAUUGAGCAGGAGGUUUUCACCUUUGAGAAGUUUUACUCUCUCACUCAGAAGAUUUGCCCCAGAGCUGACAUCGAGGUGCUCUUCAAGAAACUCUGUGGAGACAAAAAUGAUUAUUUAAAUAUAGAACAGUUAAUCAGCUUUUUGAAUGAAAGCCAGCGGGACCCUCGUCUUAAUGAGAUACUUUUCCCAUUUUAUGACCCCAAUCGAGCGACGCAAAUCUUAUAUACCUAUGAGACUGAUGACAACCUUAAAAAGAAAGGUCUGAUGUCAUGUGAUGGGUUUUGUCGAUACCUAAUGUCUGAUGAGAAUGCUCCAGUGUUCCUAGACCGACUGGAACUCUACCAGGAGAUGGACCAGCCCCUAGCCCAUUACUUCAUCAGCUCCUCCCACAACACAUACCUAACAGGCAGACAGUUUGGAGGGAAGUCCUCUGUGGAGAUGUAUCGGCAGGUCCUUCUCUCUGGCUGCAGGUGUGUGGAGCUGGACUGCUGGGAUGGAAAGGGAGAAGACCAAGAGCCCAUUAUAACUCAUGGCAAAGCCAUGUGCACAGAUGUGCUUUUCAAGGAUGUCAUUCAGGCCAUCAAAGAAACUGCAUUUGUGUCAUCUGAAUACCCUGUGAUUCUGUCAUUUGAGAACCACUGCUCGAGGCAUCAACAGUAUAAGCUGGCCAGAUAUUGUGAGGACAUUUUUGGAGAUAUGCUUCUCAGACAGCCUUUAGAGGAUUUCCCAAUGGAUCCUGGUAAACCUUUGCCUUCACCAAAUGACCUGAAAGGAAAAAUUCUCAUUAAGAACAGAAGAUUAAAACCUGAGGCUGAGGAAAAGCAACUGGAGCACUUCAGGAAGCAUAUGGAAGCUGGAGAAGCAAGCAUGUCCAACCACAUGUCUGAAGAUGAGAAUGAAGAGGAUCCGGGCUCCGCAGAGCUGGUGGAUGAGGCUCAUCCUGAGUGGAUAUGUGGCAGCCUUGUCACUGGCCAGACAAAUAGCUGUGAAGAAAAUGUGCUUGGAGCCAGAAAGGCUGAUGAGACAAGCAUGGCUGACGAGCAGACCUUGAUUCAGUCUUACACAUACGUUGCAGCCACCACUAAUAUUCACCCCUACCUGUCCAAUAUUGUUAACUAUGCUCAGGCUGUGAAAUUCCUGGGUUUUGAGGAGGCUGAAGAAAAGAACAUCCACCACAACAUGUCUUCCUUUAAUGAGUCUGUAGGCUUGGGAUACCUAAGGACCAAUGCUAUUGAAUUUGUCAACUACAACAAGCGGCAGAUGAGUCGAAUCUACCCAAAAGGAGGCCGAGUGGACUCCAGUAAUUAUAUGCCUCAGAUCUUCUGGAACGCUGGCUGCCAGAUGGUAGCUCUGAACUUCCAGACUGCAGAUUUGGCAAUGCAGCUAAAUCAAGGAAAGUUUGAGUACAAUGGAUCAUGUGGCUACUUGCUGAAACCAGACUUCAUGCGUCGCCCAGACCGCAUGUUUGAUCCCUUCUCAGAGACUCCUGUGGAUGGAGUAAUAGCAGCCACCUGCAGCGUCCAGGUUAUAUCAGGCCAGUUUUUGUCUGACAAGAAGAUUGGCACAUACGUGGAGGUGGAUAUGUAUGGGCUGCCCACAGAUACUAUUCGCAAAGAGUUUCGCACCAGGAUGGUUAUGAACAAUGGACUAAACCCUGUAUACAAUGAGGAGCCCUUUGUGUUUAGAAAGGUAAUCCUACCGGACCUUGCAGUGCUCAGAAUAGCGGUGUAUGAUGACAACAAUAAGCUGAUUGGCCAGAGGAUUCUUCCCCUGGAUGGCCUGCAGACUGGCUACAGACACAUUUCCCUACGGAAUGAGGGGAACAAGCCUCUCUCUUUGCCCACAGUCUUCUGCAACAUUGUCCUUAAAACAUACGUCCCUGAUGGAUUUGGAGCUAUUGUAGAUGCACUGUCUGAUCCCAAAAAGUAUUUAUCCAUCUCUGAGAAGAGGACAGACCAAAUGAGAGCCAUGGGCAUUGAGACGUGGGAAAUAGCUGAUGUGCCGAAUGACAGCUUGAAGAGCAGUAAAAAAGGGAAAGCAAUCCAGGUGAAAGCUGCGUCACCUCAAACAGGUUCAUUGAGGCCUGGACAUAAACCCAGCACUGGCUCCAAACAGGAUAUCAUCAUCUUUAUGCCUCAGGUUACUACUGAUGACCUGAAACAAAUGAAGGCAUAUAUAAAACUGGCCAAAAAGCAGCUGAAUGAAGUCAAUGCACUGAAGAAAAAGCAGGAAAAGACACACACUGCAUUGCAGAGGUUCCAUUGUAGUCAAAUUAACAAGAUUGUUGCACAACACAAAAAAGAAAAAUGGGCUCUAGAAAAGCAACUAGAAAAAAACUGCAGGAAAGUCAGUGAAAGUGACUGCUGUGAAAUGAGGAGAGAAACUGCAAUGAAGAUCAAGACUUUAACUACAGAACACAAAUCAAAGGUGAAGGAGGUGGCGGCGGCCCAGGCCCGUGAGAGGGUGGUGAUGAUGGAGGUGCAUGGUGGUGAGUUGCUGGCUCUCCGAGCUCAGCACAUGCUGCAGCAGGGCGAGUGCCUCCGUAAGCUCAUGCUGAAGACCCAGGAGGAACAGACGCAACAACUCAUGCAGCUCCAUGAGCGACAGUGUAAGGAGAUGCGAGCCAACCAGGCAAAGUCCUCAAUGGAAUACAGCAAAGUCAUCAGUCAAGACAAAAGCAUCAGGAAUAAAGCCGAGAGAGAACGGAGAGUUCGAGAACUGAACAGCAACAACACAAGAAAAUUUCUCAUCGAAAGGAAAAAGCUUGCCAUGAACCAGUCCAGGGAGAUUGAACAACUCCAGACAGCCCAGCGUGAGCAAUUGGAGAAGCUGGAUAAAUAUAUUAUGGAGCUGUUGAAAUCUCAGCAUUCUGAUCCUCAGUUUCAAGGUAGGGCUUUGCAUUCACAAAUCAAUUUUACAAUACCUCUGCUUGCUUAUUAUUCUUUUAUUUCUCUCUAUAAAAGUGCCAUGGAUUGCGGCUAUGAGCUGUUGUUCGUCCCUUGUACUCCCUCAGACUGCUAAAGCAGUCAAGCUGAGACGAGGAAGAAAACCGUUCUCCGAGGGGUGCUCUGGUUAUUGAACCUGUCAGAAAACAUGGAGCCAUCUCCUGCUGUUGGUGUAUAUGUAUUCUGCGUGCAAUAAAAAAAGUUCAUUAUGAAUGAAGAAUUAUGCUCUUUUAGAGGGUACACAGGUCUAUGCAUCACACAUCUUAAAUGCAGUGCUUGUGAAAAAGUUCUGCUAAAGCUGUUGAAAUGAGUUUAUGAACUCUGCAUCUUUUAAUACUUUAUAUUUUGAAAGAAAGCCAUUUUGGGUUGACUUAAUAUGGCAUAUAUUCUGUUCUUCUGCCAACUAUUGUAAUGAAUUCAAUUGCCAGAGUAGCAUAUGACAGUAAACCUAUGGAGGAUUCCAUGUUAACUGUCAUUGACACUGGGGGCCACUUAGCUUCUGAUCCCAGUCCUUGGAUGAUUUUCAUACUGACCCCUGAAACCUCUGGACAAGUC